AUGAAUCUCAAAACAUAUUAUAUUUAUUAACUUUUGACGUAGCUGAUCCGUCGAGUUUUUCCUAAAGUUGCGGUUUCAUCACAGAUUAGCUGAUGGUGAUUUGCGCCACGAUUGCACCAUGAUGUGCUAAUCAUUAUAUCAAACAUCAUAUAUGCAAUAUUUAUCACUUUCUCUCAGUUUAUUUAAAUGGAAUACAUAUGUGUAUGUGUAAUACAAUACAUAUGAUUUAUAUAUAAGGAGAAAACAAAAUAACGUAUAACAACAAUUUAAGUUUGACUCGACACAUACGCAAUUAUCGAUGUUGGGUAGAUGAUGAAAGAAAAUAGUUUCUUGCGUACUACAUGUGUUUGUAAACAGCAAUUUAAUCGAAUAACAGAAAUUCAUAUCACAUUUUAUAAUUUUCCAUUAGAUUUCCUUUAUGCAUGAUGAACUAAGGAAUGAUGUUUAUGAUAAUAAAUGUCAAUAAUGCGCGGAACAAAUUAAUUUCUUCCAUGCCAAGUAAAUUACAGAACAGUAAAUUACAACUUUGACUUUCAAAUUGACCUCCGUCAUUAAAAUGAUGCAAAAUCAUUCAUAGAUUACAGUAUUCAAAGUUUGAUGUUUUUUCUUUCUGUACGAAGACAUUUAAUGAUAUGUUCGAGCAGUUUAUUCGCGCCGCGUAUAUAAUUAUAUCUCUGCUUAUGCAUAAAUCAAAUGAGGAAAAAAGUUGUGUAGACGAAAAAAAAUUUCAGCAUUCAACAUAUCUGGAUUUCCCUCAGCCGCUCAAUCAAGUAGCAUCUCGAGUAAGAGGGGAGUUUUGCAGCCAUAUAUAUAUAUGGAUCUGAAAGGACUUCUUAAUUAUAUUGUUUUACGUGCCAGUUUAUCUUAUAGUUAUACUCUCGUGAUACGCGAGAAUAUUCGAACCAUAAGAACGCAGUAAUAUUUAAUCAUACAAUGGUAGAUUUGACAGAAUUACCGCCAAAGCUCAUCCAUGGCGGAAAUUAUAUCAAAGAGGGCAAAGACUCAGCUAAAAGCACCUGCCUCAUUUUUUCCCCUACAGAAGAAGAUGAAGUUGGAUCGUUGGGAAAAUAUCUCCAACUGUUUGCGAAACAUAAAGUGAAUCUCUUGCACAUCGAAUCCAGAAGCUCUCUUCGACGACCAAACGGCUAUGAAUUUAUGGUGGAAUGUGCGCCGAGCGGUAAUAUAGCCUCCGCAAUUGAAUCUUUACGAGAUCAGUGUAGUUACUUUUCAAUCAUUUCUAGAAAUCAUAAAGACAAUAUAGACACAGUACCAUGGUUUCCGAGGAGAAUACGCGAUCUCGACAAAUUCGCUAAUCAGAUUUUGUCGUAUGGUGCUGAGCUCAAUAGCGACCAUCCUGGUUUCACAGAUCCCGUAUACAGAAAAAGAAGAAAAUAUUUUGCUGACAUUGCUUACAAUUACAAGCAUGGACAAUCGAUUCCAAGAGUGGUGUACACGCCUGAAGAAAUAUCUACGUGGGGCGUAGUCUUCAAAAACUUGACUAAGCUUUAUCCGAAAUAUGCUUGUAGAGAGCAUAAUCAUGUUUUCCCAUUGCUGAUCGAAAAUUGCGGCUAUCGGGAAGACAAUAUACCCCAACUCGAAGAUAUAUCUAACUUUUUGAAAGACUCUACCGGUUUCACACUUCGUCCAGUGGCAGGAUUAUUGUCUUCGCGCGAUUUUCUCGCUGGAUUGGCCUUCAGGGUGUUUCACAGUACGCAAUAUAUACGGCACAGCAGUAAACCUCUCUAUACGCCGGAACCGGACGUGUGCCACGAGAUUUUGGGUCACGUGCCACUUUUUGCUGAUCCAUCCUUUGCACAGUUCUCACAAGUUAUUGGUCUGGCGUCGCUUGGUGCUCCAGAUGAUUACAUAGAGAAACUCGCGACGUGUUUUUGGUUCACGGUCGAAUACGGAUUGUGCCGACAAAAUGGUGAAUUAAAGGCGUAUGGCGCCGGACUUCUGUCGUCUUUUGGCGAAUUGGAAUAUUGUUUGAGCGACAAACCAGAACUCCGACCUUUUGACCCGCCAAAGACUGCAUUGCAACAAUAUCCGAUAACGGAAUAUCAACCUAUAUAUUAUGUUGCUGAGGAUUUCGAGGACGCAAAAGAAAAGAUGACGAAAUUUGCUCAAACUAUACCGAAAAAAUUCGGGGUCAGAUACGAUGCUUAUACGCAGAGUAUCAGCAUUAUCGAUAGUAAACAACAAGUGGAAGAUCUUGUAAAUAACGUGAAUCAAGAAAUUCAAAUUUUGAUGGAUGCUUUGAGAAAAUUACAACAUUAGAAUUAGUUUUAUUCAAUGUAUGUUGUUUUUUUAUAAUGCAUUCUAUUAAAUAUCAAUUUAUUUGUACUUGCAUCAUUGAAAUAUUAUAGUACUAAUAUGUAUUGCGAAGAAUCUGUAGUCUUUGUUAAAGUAAUACAUGUUUAAAGUAUGUUUAAACAAUAAAAACUCUUAUUUUUUCUACAUUAAAA